AUGUUCUCCCAGAUCCCCCAGCUGGGGGUUAUUGGAGAAGGAUGGGGAGGUGCUUCGGGAAGGGGGCGACCCCGACUUCUGCUGCUGCUGUCGCCCGCCGGCCCGGAGGACGAGAUGGUACGAAGGACGGAUACGUACAAGGGUGACAUGCGUAGGAAGCGAGAGGUCGACUUAGGUUCCUUCCUUACCAGAUCAACCUGUCAGGAGAGAGGCAGCGCAAGGCCAUGCAUCUACAAUGCCCUAGAUCCGUUCCAGGGUACGAUGGAGGCCAGGAGACACGUCUACCCCGAGCCGCGACGCCAAGAUGCUCCUCCGCGCCCUCACCGAUUCGACUUCCAGGUUUUCCGCCUGGUCGGUUCCAACUUCCAACUCAUCGACGCCAUUGACCACGAGGAGAGCGCCUGCAUUCCGUGGCGGACCUCGUCUCCCGCUUCUUGGCUUCCACCGUUCAUCACUUCACCGUCAUGCCCCAUCUACCGCCCGUGCGGCGCCAUCUGCAGUGCAUUGAGGCCUCUUUGCAUGCCCAACCAGCUCGGCGAGGCUUAUAUCCAGUCGGUCGGGUGGAAUCGCACAUCGAUACCAACGUCAACCCAGCAAGAUCUCGUGCUGUCGCCUCGCGCCUCGCUCUUCACUACUUCAGGUUACGCCGCCGCUGCGAUGUAUUGCGCCGAGGUCCGCGACGCACUAGAGCCCUUCUCGAAUAACCAUCCCGGGCCUAUGUACGGAAUGCAGGUGCCAUCGAUGUCGUGGGUGGUUCAUACUGGUCUCGACACCUUCGGACGGUUGAAGAUGCCGCAGGGUUCGAAGAAGUGGAGCUCUUGA